AUGCUUCCCAGCCUGAGAACAGCUCUGCGGCUCUCUCUGCGUGCCCGGGCCGGACUCAGCAGUCACCACAGAGGCGCUGGAGCUCCCAUGGUCCACACGCAGCCACAGCCGCCCGCCUCCAUGGUCGUGCAGAGGUGCAACCUGGGCACGCAUCCUCUGAAGGAGUCCGUGGAGCCCCUCAACUCUCCCCAAGGGGCAAAGGAGUUUAUUUAUAGUCUACAUCCAACUGAGCGGACCUGUCUCCUCAGAGAGCUGCACAAGUUCGAGUCCAUUGCAAUUGCUCAAGGGCAGAUGGAGAUCGCUCCUCCUACUGCUGCACAGCUAAGAUACGUUCUUCUGCACAAUGCUCUUCCGUUUGUUGGGUUUGGAUUCCUGGACAACUGCAUCAUGAUUGUCGCUGGCACACAGAUUGAAUUGUCUAUUGGAGUGGUUCUUGGUAUUUCAACCAUGGCUGCUGCUGCCCUUGGCAACCUGGUGUCGGACCUAGCUGGACUGGGGUUGGCCGGUUACGUGGAGGCCUUGGCAUCACGACUGGGGAUGCAGAUUCCAGACCUGAGCCCCAAACAGGCAGACAUGUGGCAGACCAGGGUCAGCUCGCACUCGGGUAAAGCGAUUGGUGUUGCAUUCGGUUGCAUCCUCGGCAUGUUCCCGCUUUUUUUUAUCGAUGACAAAGAUGAGAAGAAAGACGGGAAGACAGACACUAAUGAGAAUCUACAGCCUGCUGCCGCCACAGACGGCAGCAAAAACUGA